AUGAAAAUACUAGAAGAACUUCAUAAUAAGCCUGUGAUUCCAGUAGGGUUAUUGCCACCCCAAGUGAAAGAACGAGACGACAAAGAAUCGUGGGUUUCAAUCAAAACAUGGCUCGAUAAUCAAAAUAAAGGGACAGUAGUUUACAUAGCAUUAGGGACUGAGUUGAUCCCCAGCCGAGAUCAACUAAAUGAGUUAGCUCUUGGAUUGGAAUUAUCCGGUGUACUCUUCUUUUUGGCACUGAGAAUGCCGGCUAGAUCGGGAGAGUCCUACUCAGUAGUUUUACCAGACGGGUUUGACGAGAGAAUUAAAGGAAGGGGUAUCGUGUGGAAGAGUUGGGCACCUCAGUUGAAGAUAUUGAGUCAUGACUCCGUGGGUGCAUGCUUGACUCAUUGUGGUUGGAGUUCUAUAAUAGAGGGACUGAUUUUUGGUCACAAAGCCUUACCUUUUCUUUAG